UCGACAAUUGAUUAGAUUGAAAGGAACUGUUUUUUUAGAUUCUACGGUUACUAGAUCAAUCACUAAUGACAUUAAGAUGCGCUAUACUGCUCCAUGGAAAACUUGGUCAGAAAUACCUUUAAAGACAAAAGACGAGCUCUUCGGACUUUUUCGGAGUCGAUAUGCAUGGGAUGAGAGUGAAGAAGGUAUGGUUCGAAUUGCUUGGGAAAAGGUAGGUAAAGAAAGACUGCGAGACAUUCUUAAUAGAGUUAGGAGCGAAUUGUUGCGCAAGCACAAGAAGACAGAUGUUGCUUAUCUAUACAAUUUAGGACCAGAUUGGAUGGAGACAGAGAUAUGGAAUGAACUUGUUGCAUAUUGGAGUACACCAGAGUGGAGAAAGAAAUCAGAAGCUGGUAAAACAAAUAGAAACGUAGAAAAAGAUGGGACUAUUACGAAACACUCUGGUGGUUCAAUAAAAUUGGAGGUUCAUGAGAAUAGUGCAAAGAAGUUGGGUAGACAACCAAUUCAACUUGAAUUAUUUCGUGCAACUCACACAAAAAAGGGGAGUCAAGGUGUUUACAUUGAUGGAAAAUCACGACGAGUUGAUGGAGCUUAUUUGAGUGCAAUUGCUGAAAAUGUGAAUGACAAUUGUGAGAGUCAGUCUGCUUUUGAUUUGAAUAAGUGGAUUGAAAUUUCUGGAAGUAGCAAAGGAAGAGUUUAUGGUUUUGGAUCCUCUGAUAUUGCAAAAUCAGGAACUCCAACUACAUCUUUCUCAUGCACAUCAGCUCAUCCUGGAGGACCUUCUCAAACUAUGUUUUCUUUAGAGGAGGUUGAACAAAUAUUAGAGCAAAACCGGAUCAAAAUGAAACAAUACAUGGAGCAAAUGCAAGAGCAAAUGCGAGUGCAGAUAGAAAAACAAAUAAAAGAUCAGAUGAAAUCAUUGAAGAACAAAAAUAGAUUUUCACCGCAUAACACAACUGCAGAUUCAAAUGGUUCAACAAAUUCAUAG